AUGAGGGAAUUGCAAAACACGGCAGGAAAAAUAUACGAAAUACUCACAAUAACGGCCGACAUAACGGUUUUUAUUUUUCGAUUCGUCUAUUACGUUUUCUAUGCUCUGUAUGAAUUAAUUGUACCUCCGAAAGAAAAAAAUGUUGCUGGAGAAAUAGUUUUGAUAACAGGUACGGGUCACGGAAUAGGUAAAGAAUUAGCUAAACAAUAUGGCGAAUUAGGGGCUGAAGUUGUUUGCGUCGACGUGAACGAAUCUGCAAAUUCAACAACAGCAGAAGAAUUAAAAAAAAUUGGAAUAAACGCUCACGCCUACACGUGCGACGUUCGAUCGCGUGAAAACGUUUUUCAAAUGGCUGACAAAAUAAAAAAAGAUGUCGGAACGGUAACCGUUCUCGUCAACAACGCAGGUAUAAUGCCGUGUAAAAAAUUUUUGGCACACGAACCUGAAGACAUAAAAAAAAUAUUCGACGUGAACGUAUUUGCACAUUUCUGGCUCCUGGAAGCUUUCCUACCGGAAAUGAUUAAAAAUAACAAAGGACACAUCGUCGGAAUAUCAUCGAUCGCGGGUCUUAUAGGUUCUCCCCACGUCGUCCCAUACACAGCGAGUAAAUUUGCUGUCAGAGGUUUGAUGGAGGGUUUGUCGGAAGAAAUCCGUACGAAAAAUUCACUCGAUAUUAAAUUCACAACGAUAUAUCCAUACAUGACGGACACGGGACUUUGUAAAAAACCUAAAAUUAAAUUUAGUAAUUUCAUGAGAAUGUUAACUCCGAGUCAAACGGCGAGAAUAAUAAUAAAAGCACAAAGGAGAGGAUAUAGAGAAGCAACAGCACCGGAAUAUUUGUUACAUUUAAAUAACGUCACGAGAUUAUUUCCAUGGAAUUGUGCAACGUCAUUCAUAGAUUUUUUAGGUGCUACUCUCGAAGAACACGACUGA